AUGCUUCGUCGAGUAGUCCUGGUAUUGCUUGCUCUGCAUUGGUGCCUGAUUCAUACAAUCGCUGCCCCCACAUCCAGCGGCCAGCCAGGUGUAUCUGAUAGCUUGCUCCGUGACGGACGAUUCGACUAUGUUGUCGUUGGAGGCGGUACCGCGGGUAUCGUCGUGGCCACUCGCCUAGCACAGAAAUCCUAUACCGUUGCGCUGGUCGAAGCUGGUGGAUUCUACGAGUACCAAUCCCUUGCUGCUAUUCCCUUAGCAGACAUCAUCCCUGUUGGGUCAGAUCCGCGGAACAGGUUCAGUAUUGAUUGGGGAUUUGUAACCGAAAAUCAGCCUGGGGCGAACAAUCGAGCUAUCCACUAUGCCCGAGGAAAAUGUCUCGGUGGAUCACCAACACGAGGUGCCAUGGAGCAAUGGGCCACUGCUGUAGGUGAUUGUAGCUACACCUUUGACCGCGUUCUGCCUUAUUUCAAAAGGAGUGUCCACUUUACGCCCCCCAACCAGCUAACGCGGUUUCCCAAUUCAACUCCAUCGUUCGAUCCAGCCGCUUACGAUCCCCAAGGAGGGCCAUUGCACGCGUCGUACUCCAACUUCGCAAUGGCGUUCUCAUCCUGGGUGAGACUCGCAAUGAACGCCAUCGGAAUCCAGGACCGGGAUGAGUUCAACCUGGGGGCUUUGCUGGGAGCACAGUAUUGCACAAGCACUAUCCGACCGCAGGACCAAAAACGAAGCAGUUCCGAAAGCUCAUUUCAUGAAACGAAACCUCUUCGUCUAACUACAUAUACUUAUGUACAGGCAAAGAGGAUCUUGUUCGAUUCUCAAAAACGUGCCACCGGCGUUUUAGCUAAAGGUAAACUCGGUGAGUUCACGCUGCAUGCCGAGAAAGAGGUUAUUGUGUCUGCGGGUGCAUUCCAAUCACCUCAGCUGCUGAUGGUGUCCGGCAUUGGCCCGGCAAGCACACUCCAAGAUCAUGGAAUACCUGUUCUAGCUGACCGUCCUGGAGUCGGCCAGAAUAUGUGGGACCAUCCUCUGUUCGCCCCGUCCUACCGGGUUCGGAUGCCAACGGCGUCGACCGUCGUGACGAGUGUUUCAUACUUGCUCACUCAAGCGGCCAAUGCUGUUAUCUUCCAUCAAGGACCCUUUACCAGCCCGGUCACGGAUUACCUAGCAUGGGAGAAGAUCCCAAGUAGCCUGCGGGCUAACUUCUCCGAACAAACUUUGCAGGAUCUAGCACGCUUUCCCAGUGACUGGCCUGAGGCAGAGUAUCUAUCCACGGCGGCAUAUGUCGGUAACGUUUCCAAGCCUGUCUUGGUUCAACCCAGGGAUGGCUAUGAUUACGCAUCCAUAGUCGGCGUGCUGGUCGCUCCAACAUCCCGAGGCAACGUAACGAUCCGGUCGGCAGACACCGCUGACCUUCCAACUAUCAACCCGAAUUGGCUUUCUACUGAAACGGAUCAGGAAGUGGCAAUUGCAACAUUCAAGCGAACACGGCAGGCCUUUGAGAGCCGUGCCAUGGCGCCUAUACUGACUGGACACGAAUACUAUCCAGGGAACCGCGUGCGGUCUAAUGCCGAAAUCCUGGAGUUUGUUAAAGAUAACAUGAUGACCAUCUGGCAUGCCGCUUGCACUUGUAAGAUGGGGACAGCAAAGGAUACAAUGGCAGUUGUGGAUCCUCAAGCAAGGGUGUUCGGGGUUGAUGGCUUGCGUGUUGUCGAUGCAAGUGCAUUUCCGCUUCUUCCUCCUGGACACCCGCAGUCAGUCGUGUACAUGCUGGCCGAGAAGAUCUCCGAUGACAUUGUUUCGGCUAACGGAACAGCCGGAAGGUGCUAG